CGCGAGGUGGUGAAGCUGCUCCUUUGAAUCUCGCGGUAUUUGACAGUUUCCCUUCACUCUUUGACACUCGCCCCUCCCCUGGGCUCCGGGAAUGCUGGGUUGUUUACAUUAGAGUCACACGGGUCAGCGUUGUGGUGAUGAGGGGGGCCUAGUAGUGGAGAGUCUGUCCGAAAACACGUACACAUCUCGCCUGGCUGUGCGGCACAGGCGCUCUCUGCGAGACAACUUUCCAGCUCAGUCACGGUGCCACGCAGGAACAGAGGCCCACCGAGUCCACUUCUCGCAGCGACCUUGGAAAGAAAGGGAAAGUCAAAACAAAGAUAACCGCCAUAACCAUCAGGAAAAAGCCUCAGCGUGAAGAAGGAAUAGCUUAGCAACUGUCUCCCACUUCCUGAGGUGUACGGGAUCAAGCUCCUAACACCAUGGAUAUGGACACGCAGCCACAAGGACAGCAAGCAGCUGUGCCAGUGUUUCAACCCCAGAAACCGUUGCAGCCAGAUAUGGGCCAUAAUUCACUGGCUAACUUCCAGAUUGAGAAGAAGAUUGGACGCGGCCAGUUCAGCGAGGUGUACCGAGCGAGGUAUCUGCUGGACAACACGUCUAUGGCCCUGAAGAAAAUUCAGAUAUUCGACUUGAUGGAUGCCAAAGCUCGGCAAGAUUGCAUCAAAGAGAUAGAUCUCCUUAAGGUAAAGAACCAGAGAAGAGGGAGACGGCGCCAUGCGCUGCGCUCUGUUCUCUUAAGUGCAUCAGCGUUUCAGGCAGACAUCAAGCCAGCCAACGUAUUCAUCACAGCUACUGGAGUAGUUAAGCUAGGAGACUUGGGACUGGGGCGAUUCUUCAGCUCUAAAACAACUGCUGCUCACUCGCUGGUGGGUACUCCUUACUACAUGUCACCGGAGAGGAUACAUGAAAACGGCUACAACUUCAAAUCUGACAUCUGGUCGCUAGGAUGCCUGCUCUAUGAGAUGGCAGCCUUACAGAGUCCGUUCUAUGGGGAUAAGAUGAACCUCUACUCACUUUGUAAGAAGAUAGAACAGUGUGACUACCCCCCUCUUCCCUCAGAUCACUAUUCAGAGGAGCUGAGGAAAUUGGUAGAUAUGUGCAUCAACCCGGACCCGGAGAAGAGGCCGGACAUCACCUACGUGUAUGACAUUGCCAAACACAUGCAGAGCAUGACGCAGGGCAGCUAAGCCCAGAGUUACGCACACUAUGCCUUGCAGAACUCCUGUCCACGACCUUCUUGCUUUUCAAGCUGGACUCGUCCGUCUUCAUUAAUAGAAAACUUGCUCCAGUUUCUUGUCAUCAAUAGUAACACGUUUUUUAAUUUUCAGAGUGCUCGUUCAGUCUGUAACCUUUUCUCCCCUCGAGUAAAGAAUAUAUUAUAUUACCAGUGCAGCUCCUUUCCUAGACUUUAAUGUGUAUUGUAUCUCACCGAUGUGUCGCUAUGGCUUUCAAACACGUCAGACUGUUUCUCAGUAUACGUACUGCUAAAGCAGAGGUACUGGAAAGAGGUGGGCGCAAUGUUCAGUCAACAGUCGAUCAGUGCAAAAUAUCAUUAAAUUUGACCUCGAAAGCUCUCGAUGACCUACAGUCGCCUCAGAUGGCACAAAAAAUAAAAUUAGUGUCUAAAAAUGGAGCGAAGAGACGUUCGCUCAUUGACAGCAACUCUGCAGAGUCUAAUUGCGGUUGAAGUGUUGUUGUGUUGCACUUUUUACCCUGGUACUGGAAGGCUGGCAGGGUGAUCAUGUCUAAUGAAUGUAUUAGAAAAGGAAGGAGCGUUUAGAGGGUAGACUACAGCUGUGCUAGGGGAACACGAGCAAAUGUCUCCACAACACUUUGAAUGUAAGUCAUUGUGACGCCCAUGUAUUGUCUUUGAAAAUAUCACAGUGUGUCUUUUCUGAGAGCCGAGCAGGCAAAGAAACUGUAACAGCAGCAGUGUUACAUGUGAUGUUCACGUCCUCACGAUACCAACACGGUUCCCUCCAUGACUGAACUAACGAGAGAUGAACUGCAGCUGCAGAGUUUCGUUUGUGUCCGAGCCAUCAGAAAAGUAGAUUAGCUACACAAAACUGCGUUAAUGCUGCUGUGUAAGUUGCAGUGCGUGUGUCUUUUAUGUAACAAGGGAGAAGUUACUGAUCCAUGCUAAAAGUACAGCACAGGUAACAGCCAAUCAGAGGAGAGGAGACGGUUUAUAUGUGGGAGAGCAUCUUUAUGAGUUCUAUGCUUUAGCAAAGAUUUGUACUGAGGGGGAAACAUCGAGUUGUACUGUACCUGGAAAUAAACACCACCAAAGAAUAACAAAGGAAACCAUUAAAAUGAUCCGUUUGUGCCUUUAGAGGCAGACGACUUAAAUAGAAACAGGAAGUGGUUUACGUAACGACAGCGACGAUACAGUGAAGGUGUAGCCUGUAAACGAGGUUCGACGCUGCUUUAUUUCAGUGUCUUACACGUUAGCGUCAGACCCUGUAAACUCACACGUCCUCUGUUUCUAAUGUUUGUUUUUGUCAACAUACGAAGUGCGAGCUUCCAGGUCCGAGGCAGCGCAGCUUCUUUUGUGUUCACAGAGAAUGCUGCAGUUAUUUGUCUGAUACUUGCAAACGCAGUGUUUGCAGUUUGUGUUUGCAGUUUGUGUUUGCUGCCGUUCACCUCGUCCUAGAUUUUGGUCCUUCGUUGUUUUACAUGGCGAUAAAAGUGUUUCUGCUCUCUUAAAUUUUCAUCAUCUUCACCUGCAGUCCUGUUAAUCUCGUCUGUGUAGCACCAAAACAUUGCAGUAUUUUAGAGUUUUUAAAGGAGCUGUGGCACUAUUUUUAUUAAAUAUUUUGCUUUGAUGCUAUACAGAAUUCCUGCGCUCAGUGUUUUAGGGCCUUUUAUGCUUUUUCUUUGAAGCAUAUCUAACUAAGGCACCUGAUCAUUUAUGUUAAAGUGCAUUUCUAACAGCAGCAGAGCGCCGCAGAUGUGGAACAAAUGUUAAUACUUUGUUAAAAUCUUCUGUUGGUCCUCACACAGCGCUCGGUCACUUUAACCAUCACGGCGCUCGUGUUGUCUUGAUGCAUCGCAGCGCUCCACUGUGCCUCUUUUAGCUUUGCCCUGUUUAUCUUCCACGUGUCCUCCUCAGCAUAGUAUUGAAGAGUCCAGGUGUCGGCCACAAUGCAAAGUACUGGUAAUUGAUAUUUAUUGUUUUGUUAGUUUAGUUUUCUCAGUGAACAUUUCAUGUCAGAAACAUACCCGUGACACGCCUUGUACGCAAACUCGAUGUAAUAAAGCUUUCAAAUGUCA